AUGGAGCUGGGUAUCGUCUCCAAGUCCUUCGAGUGUCGUCUGAAGGGCCAGGGGGCCACGUUUGUGGAGGCGGAGGCGGAGUCCCCCACGCACAGGAAGGCCUCGUCCGAGGCGUCCGGCCAGGACGAGCCCGUCCAGCAGGUCAUCAUCAUCCAGGGCUACGGCGACGGGGAGGUGGCCAUCGACCAGGCCCUGGAGGAGUCGGCCGCCGCCACCCUGCAGACGCUGGCCAUGGCCGGCCAGGUGGCCGAGGUGCUCCACAUCACGGAGGACGGGCAGGUCAUCGCCUCGGGCCGGGAGGUGGCGGCGGCGGGCGCCCACCUGGCCGGAGGCGGCACGCAGUACGUGGUGCUGGAGUCCGGCGACGCCAGGAAGGAGCUGCAGGCGGCGGCCAGGAGAGGGGCGGUGACCGGCGGGCAGGGCCACGCCGUGUCCGAGUCCUCCACCGCCCUGGACGCCCUGCUCAGCGCCGUCAGCGAAAUGGGCCACCAGGAGAUCCAGGGCGAGGCGGCCAUCGUCCACGAGGUCCUGACCCCCGAGGCCUCGGAGGCGGAGAGCUCCAUGGCGGCGGCGGCGGCGGUGGACGGGGAGGGGGAGGUGAAGCAGGAGCAGGAGGAGGUCCACAUCAUCCAGGAGGCCGGCCACGACGGCAUGCAGGAGGUGCUGCAGCUGGCCGCCUCGCAGAUGAUGAAGGAGGGCCUGACCCAGGUCAUCGUCAACGACGAGGGCACCCACUACCUGGUGACGGAGCUGGAGGACGGCUCGCUGCAGGUGGAGGGGGGCGUGUACGGGGGGGAGGGGGCGGGGGAAGGGGAGGGGCAGCAGGUGGAGCAGCACGCCGGCGAGGAGAUGGUGGUCUACCUGGACGGAGCUUCUCACAACAUCGUGCUGGAGGGCUGA